CCCGAUCCCCGGCUCCUUCAGUGUUACAAAAGCAGCUAACGCGUCUUACAAGCACUUAACCACACUGCUAGUUCCGUACAGCCGACGACGCUCGGCGAACAACAACAACAACAACAACAACAACAACGAUGGGGGUGACAAUUAAAGUCGAAUACUGUGGUGGAUGAGGGUACGCACCCCGCUAUCAGGAGCUCGCCCGGGUUGUUAAGGGUGAGUUUCCCGAUGCGGAUGUGUCAGGCUUCGUGGGAAGACAAGGCAGCUUUGAGAUUCAAAUCAACGGGCAGCUGAUCUUCUCCAAGCUUGAGCAGGGUGGAUUUCCGUAUGAGGAUGACGUUAUGAAUGCAGUCCAGCAUGCCUAUGAUGGGAAGACUGUGCAGAAGAUCACCAAAAGCCGUGCACCAUGCGUCAUUAUGUAAACCUCCCUCCUCCGCAACAAUUAGCAGCAUCAAAACAGGGCCAGUGCAGACUGUAUACUGCCAAUGCCACCUCUGGUCUACCUCAACCCUGCUAAAAUGGGCUGGGAUAAAACCACAGAGAUGCACUAUGACCACUAGCUACUUUCUUUGAUGCAGGCCACCAAACUCUGCUAUGCCUUCUGGCUCCCCUCUCUGUUCUCAUUGUGGUGCUUCAGGCUGUUAAUGAUUACCAUAGCCUAAAAGAUUUUAAGGUCAUGGUAUGAUGAACCCAUUCCUGGAAAUCCUUCCUUAUAGGAACUGAGAUGGGGAGAAGAUGUCGCAAAUAGUUUAGAGGGAGCUCACUUUUAUUGUCCUACAGCAUCCUUGCCUUUGCAUUCUCUAACUGCCUAAAUGUUAUUUUAUUGUUUAUCCAAGUCUGUUUUUUUUUUUUCAUCUCACAUGCAAUAACAAUUAUCUUUGAAUGCAAAGGUAGUGCAAAGUACCCACGCAUUAUUUUAAGCAUAAAGGGAUACCGUUUCUGCCUCUGCACCGCUCUAUGCUGAAUAUUUUUUUACUAAAGCAUUUUUCUAAGAUUUGAUAGCUAUUUCAAAAAAUCAAAUUACUGUAUCAGUUAGUCAACCAAUGUAAUAUAAUUUGUGGUUGGUGAAGGCAAAAUUGGAAUAGUUUACAGUAACAUUUAAAGUGUUAUGCUGCCAUUGCAUGCAGCAGACAAGCUCUGCCAAGUAUCCGGUCUGAAUCUGUCAUCAGGUUUUGUUUUUGUUUUGUUUUUUUUUAAUGAAAAGCUCUUCUGUAAUUAAAACUGGUCAGGUAAAAGAGCGAUCAUGAGAAGUGCUUUCUGAAGACCACCACCCACUGGUCUGUCAGUUCACACUAAUUAGAUGUCUGCUCAUUUUCCACAAAUGAUGUCACAUUGUUUACUUGGAUUUGAAAACUGUAGAAAUUGAAUAAAGAUAAUGGUUGAUUAA